GCGAUUCCCAUGGCGAUAGCUGGAAUGGAUCUGUUGGUGCAGUCAAAGAGUGGAACGGGAAAAACUUUGAUUUAUGUGCUUGCCGCAUUACAAAAGAUAGAUAAGUCGGUGGCCAGUCCGCAGACUUUGAUAAUUGUGCCAACUCGUGAACUGGCCAUACAGGUGGAGGACACUGUUAACGGCUUGGCGAACAAAUUGCACAACAGAAACGCUUACCUGUGUGUUAGUUUCAUUGGCGGCACAGAUGUGAAGCGAGAUCGCAUGCGCAUGGCUCGAGGGCGGAUUAUAGUGGGUACACCAGGUCGUCUGCUUCAUCUCAUUCAGAACAACGUAUUCAAUACGUCGGCAGUCAAGCUGCUCGUGCUGGAUGAGGCAGACCAAUUGUAUUGCACUGAUUCAUUGCAGAAGGAUGUGCAAGCGCUCGUUGCAUCGCUGCAGCCCGGGAUUCAAAUAAUUGCCUGUAGCGCUACCUAUCCGAAUGCGCUAGACGAGCGUCUUGCCAAGUUGAUGCACAAGCCAGUGCUGGUCUCUAACAGCGAGCGAGCCACCGUACUGGUGGGCGUUCGGCAAUUUGUCUAUGAACUGCCAGCACAAGUGAACAGYAUGCAGGAUAUGAUGUCUAAGCUGAAAGCGGUGCAGAAGAUAAUUACCCAAGUGGCCUAUGACCAGGUUAUACUUUUCGCCAGCUCGCAGAGUCGCGCCGAUUCCUUUCGCAACUAUUUGCAACGGGAUGGCAUUGAAUGUGAACUUAUGUCUGGAGCUAUGAAGCAAAGCGAACGGUUGCAGACAUUCCAGGCCUAUCGCAACUUCAAAAUGCGCAUAAUAGUGUCCACUGAUUUAAUGGCGCGAGGUGUUGAUUCAUCGCAUGCGAAUUUGGUUAUUAACUUGGAUCCACCCAAYGAUCUGGUGACUUACUUGCAUCGCAUUGGGCGUGCUGGGCGCUUUGGCUCCAAAGGCAUUGCCAUUACAUUUAUUUCCUCGCCACAACAGUGCCAAUCCUUUAAGCAGAUC